AUGUUGCCUGACCCCAUAUUUGCCAACGUUGCCUUAGUAACACCGGAAAAGGAGCUCCAAUGCCAAAUUGAGGCAGCCUUGGACCAAGACAAGUCCCUGGAGGAAAUCCUCCAAUUCCUACAGAACAAAUCCAAGGCACCCCCCUCCAUCAAACGCGCGUUUAAGGAUUACAAGAUGGAGGCUGGUCUACUUUUCUACCAAGGAUGGAUUGUAGUCCCUGAUGUUGGAACACUAAGGACGGACCUACUCUGCAUCUUCCACAACAGCCCCUUGGCAGGACAUCCAGGAAGACAACUGUUGUAG